AUGCAGUCGCGCGAUCACAACCCCGCCGUCUACUGCACCCUCACGUCGGCCGCAAUGAAGGUCAAGGGCCAAGGUCUCCGCAGGCGGCUAACAUGGAACGGCAAGACAAUGCGCGCCCAACUCGCUCAGCGCGCCACCCGCAUGCGCAGCACCUCCCUCAGUGCCGUGCCUCCCCCUCGCUCUUCCGCCGAAUAUGACCAUGAACUCGCCAAGAUAGCCGCCAGCGUCCUCUACCGCACGCCUAUUCCCUCCGAAUCCGAACUCCCCAUCUACAUCCUGAACGCCGCCGCGCUGCCCGACGUCGAAGAGGCCGACUUUGAUGCCUUGCUGCCGUACGUACUCGCAAGACUACCGGGUGAGGAAGAGCUCUUGAGCGGAACCGAGUAUGAGGUCAUCUUCUUCGCAGGCGGCGACGCAGAGCGCGCGGCCGGUGUGAAGAAGAACAGACCUGGGUGGGGUUGGUUCAUCCAGGCGUACCAUGUCCUGAGCAGAGCCAUGCGAAAGAGGCUUCAGAAGCUCUACAUUGUUCAUGAGAGGAGUUGGGUACGGAUCCUGGUGGAAAUGUUCUCGACUAUUGUUAGCCCGAAGUUCCGGAGAAAGAUUGUCCAUGUCUCUACACUCUCUCAGCUCGCCCUGCACCUGCCCAUCGAGGACCUGCUGAUACCACCAUCCGCUUACCUCCAUGACAGGCGCUUGUUGUCUGACAUCUACGCACCGUAUGCCAGUGGCCGAAGAGCUUUCGGUGUGCGACAGCCCCUUCCCAUGAAUGCGCAAGGGGAGACAAGGCUGCCCCGCGUGUUGCGUGAGACGACCAAUUUCCUGCUUCUGGAUCCAAACAUCAAAACAGAAGGUCUUUUCAGGAUACCACCCCAUAGUCGUCUGAAGGAGAUUCUUAAAGAGGCGUACGACCGCAGCCAAAAGUUCAUUAUCUGGAAGGAGAACGGUUUGACUCUGCCCGUUCCAGCCUACAAAAGCGCGCAGGACAUGCAAGCGAUCAUUGAUGAAGUUGACCACAAAGACGCUUAUGGUGUCUAUCUGGCAGCCGGCUUGAUCAAGACGUGGUACGCAGAGCUGCGACAGCCGAUCUUCCCCCAAACUUCCUACAAGGAACUGAGAGCCCACUUCGGCAACCCUGAAGAUCUUCCGACGACGGAGCAAUUGGCAGAACUUUUUUCGCCGACUUCUGAGUGGUCACCUAUACCGGUGAUAUCACGCGAGAUCUUGGUGCGGCAUCUUCUGCCGCUCUUGAGCAUCAUCUCAGAGCAUGAAGAAGAGAACAGGAUGAGUGCCGAGAACCUGGCCGUAUGUUUCGCGCCGACGCUUCUCCACGGGCCAGACCAGAUAGAAGAUGCCAAGGUAUCUUCAAUCGUGAGGCGUAUCUUAACCGAAGCGGUGGAGCUCUGGUCGGAAGAGCUCCGUGCGGCCUGCGGCGUGGACGCGAGUGCCUUUGGACGUGAGUUGCGUGCCCCUGCGGACCCGCGGGACUACGAAGAUCCUCUGGAGACUACCCGUAGACCCGCCUCCAGUUCGUCCGAUUGGGGCAUCGGCUCUCCUUCCGAGGAGGACGCGGGGUUUGCAGACUCUGAGAAGCAGUUUACCGGUAUUCUGUUGGAGGACAACGAAAAUGGGCGCGAUGCGCCGCCAGCCCUGCCUCCUCGACCCUCGUUGUCGGGGCCUAGUCAGGAGAGUCCCGUGAGUUCGGCAGUCAGCGAAACCCCAGAAUCCGCACUUAGAAGAAAACCAGCGCCCUCAGUCACCAUCCCACCCCACUACUCAUCCAUUCUAGCCGACGAAGCCGCCGGUCGUCCGGUGGCGACCGAUUCACCACUUACGUACGCCGCGACGACCGAUGGUUUUGGCCCUGCCCGCAGGUCAGGGUGGAGCGUGGAUGAGAAGAAAGAGGAUAAAUCGAGAGCCAAAGGUUCGACUACUAACGUUCCUCAUAUUAUUGUCCCUCAGCGCAAUACCCUGACCGCGGAGCAGAUUGGUGAGCCGAAAGGCGCCCCCUCUCCCGAGUCUGUUGCACCGACGCAACAGCAGCAGCAGCAGCAGCAGCAAACCUUUUCAGAUAGACGGCCGUCGCAGAGUAGCAGGAUCGCAGGACCGCCUCAGCUCGCGGAUUUGAUCGGCGCGUCCAUCCAUCGCAAACCGGUGCACUCGGGCACGUCGAGGCCGGGGUCGAGUGACUCGAAUAGUAGAGCUAGAGAGUCCCCUAUCAAGAUGGAAUCUCCCAGUCUGAUGAGUCCCAUGAGCAUUGGAUUUGACAACAACAGCCGCCGUCCCUCCCUUUCCCCUCAAGACGCUGAAUUCCGCAAGCCCGAUCAGCCUGCCUCGUCUUCGCGUCGCCCUUCACUAGACAGCAGCGGCAUCGCCUCGCCAGGUUCAGAAUACACGCCCGCAGGAAACAGCCGCCCGCGCGGCCCGACGAUCGCGUCACUCGCGCGCCCCGUGCUGCCCACGACAACACCCUCGCCCAACAACAUCCCGCCCGGCGCGCCACCGAACCGCGCCGCGACAAUGGCGGCCAGCGAGGUCGCGGUGCCAAAGGUUAAAACCAUGUCCGAGAACCUGCUGAAGCGGAUGCCGAGCUUCGAGCCGCCGCCGAUUCCAAAGGACGACAAGGGCGUGAGCAGGUUGGAUUUGAAAAAGAAGAGCGUGGAUGAUUUGAGGAGGCUGUACGAGGAUCGAACGGGGACGGCGAAGAAGCUGGUUAGGCUGGGGAACGAGAAGCAGGCUGGUACGCUGUGA